CGGGGAGAGCGGUAGCCACCGGAGAUUUUUAAUGGGUAAUAUAUUCGUGAAGAAACCCAAGAUCACAGAAGUUGACAAAGCAAUCCUUUCUCUCAAGACCCAAAGGCGCAAGCUCGCUCAGUAUCAGCAGCAGCUGGAGAAAGUUAUUGAAGCUGAAAAGCAGGCUGCGAAGGACUUGCUUCGCGAAAAGAAGAAGGAUAGGGCCCUGUUAGCAUUGAAAAAGAAGAAGACACAAGAGGAAUUAUUGAAGCAAGUUGAUGCUUGGUUGAUAAAUGUUGAACAGCAAUUGGCAGAUAUUGAAUUAUCAAGCAAGCAGAAGGCUGUGUUUGAGAGUUUAAAAGCAGGCAACAAUGCAAUUAAAGCAAUACAAAGUGAGGUCAAUCUGGAAGAUGUCCAAAAACUAAUGGAUGAUACUGCUGAGGCUAAAGCUUAUCAAGAUGAAAUCAAUGCAAUCUUAGGGGAGAAGCUAUCAGCAGAAGAUGAAGAAGAAAUUCUAGCAGAGUUCGAGAGUCUAGAGUCUCAGAUGAUUGAUCAAGAUCUGCCCAGUGUUCCUGUUCCAUUACCAUCUGAUGAGAAAGAAGAGAACUUGGAUCUUCCUGAUGUACCAGACAAAGCCCCAGUCAUUUCUAAGUCAGAGGGUGCAACUGUGGUUCCCACAAAGAAAGUUAUGGAGGAACCAUUACCUGCUUGAGGUGAAGCAAUCCUUGGCGUUCUUGAAACCAUUCUUGACCUUGAAGCAACUCUCACUAACUUAACGCAUAUCCGUGUGUGUUCAUUUGUAUGAUAUUUUCGUUACAAUGGAUACUUGGGACUGUAUCAGAUUUGUACAGCAUAAUCUCACUCUUUAUCUGCUUCCGGGACGGACUGAAUAUUAGAGUUGUAUGCAUUUGUGCAAAUGGUUUAAAAUAUCCAUAAUGUAAUACUGAAAAUAUAUCUUGUUUCGGGUAGAAUAAAAUAUAUAUAUACGGAGUAUAAUACUCUGUAUAUUCUUUAUUGUCCGUCCAAACUCGGGACUGUUUCUACAAAUACUCCG